AUGAAUGGGAGUGAAUUGGAAGAAUUAUUGGUACGUGAGGGAUGGCCGAUUAAUGAGAAGCAAUUGACCGAUUUUUUUGGUAAACCAUUUUCACGAAUACAGGAUGUUGAUCAACUGAAGAAGCAACUUCUCGAUACUGAUAUGCGUGAGUAUGCUUUGCCGGUACUUUCAGAUCGUAUCAACAAACAAUUAAAUGAAUUUAAGGGACCUCUGGUCGUUCAAAUUAUAAAGUCGCACAAUGUUUCGUAUCCAAAGUAUAGCGAAACCACGCAUGCCGAUGGUCUCAUCAAGAUCCAGCUGAGUGAUGGUUUUUCCAGCGUUCAAGCAUUAUUAUUUGACCCCAUUCCAAAACUGAACGCAAAAACGCCACCGGGUACAAAACUUUGUUUGGUUGGGAAAAUUCCAAUCGAGAAUGGAAUGUUGCUGAUCAACGGAGCCAAUUGCCAAGUAUUGGGUGGCAACGUUGAAAAAAUGGUCGAAAAGUGGAAUAUGGAAAAGAACUGGCUACAGAAACCAACACGAACCGCUGAAACUAAUGCUCCGAAAUGGAUCCAAUUUUCCAAGCAGCAAUUAUCGCACUCUUCUCCUCCGGUUAAUUCCACUAACAAAAUAUUUCGAGCCAAUGAUAUAAUCAAUGGAUUAAACAAAAGAAUAAGUGAUGAGCGUAGUGAUGAUUUCAAUGCUGCGAGGAAAGCUCAAAUUGAGCAGGUUGUCGAAAAUAAUGCCAUAAAGAAAUUUGCACGAAGUCAGUUGAAGCCGAAACCAUUAGAGAAUUCUGCAUCGACCUCUUGUAAUAUCAGCGGCAAAAAAGAUCCGAUGGUAAAAGCAAAACCUGAUGUGGAAAAUAGAGUAAUUUAUAAUCGACGUUUUGUCCGUGAUGACAAGAAAAAUUUGUCCCCGAUUCAUCGACCAUCGAAUCCUCCCACACUGUAUGACUUCGUGCAGUCGAAAGUUCCCAUCUCAGAUGAAUCUUUCAAGCAGCGAGAUCAUGGUAACCUGGAGGUGGAAAAAAUUGAAGUGAAUGUAGAGAACGCCGAAACUCAAGAAAUGGAUCGAGCACGAAGAAACAGAUUUAACGAGAGAGGAUUUCGCAAUCGGCAAAUUCCUGAUAAUGGCAAUGGCUCACGUACAGUCGAAAUUUCGAACUCGAAUAGAUAUCGAAAACAACUUAAUUGGCGACCGGAUCGCGAACGAAAUAAUGUAACAAAUGUGACAAUGCGUGAUAGAUUUCGAUCUAAUUAUGCAGACGAUCAAUCGAUUUCAAUCAACAGUGAACAGUUCAUGGAAUUAACUUGUGGAUUGCGAUUAAGAUUAAUAAGCUGGAAAAAUAAUAGUAGUCAAUAUGGAGGAUUUGGUUUUAUCAUUAUAGAUUUCUCAGCAUUGCACAUUUCUCCGGUUGAUAACGGACCAGAUGUUUGUAAUGAUCAUAACAUUCCACAGCAAACUGUAUUUUUUGAAAAUAGAAAUCACGGUUAUCAACAGAAUGCAAUUUAUCGGCAAUUGUACGACCAGCAACAAUCACUGCAGCAGCAACAACCUUUCGAUAAUGUGAUGUUGAACGGCGAAGUACCACCGGUAUGGAAAAUUGGUGACAAAUGCCUUGCACCAUGGAGUGAUGGCCAAUUUUAUCCAUCAACGCUGGUAUCAAUGGGUCCAGCUGAUAUGUGUACCAUUGAAUAUCAUGAGUAUGGAAAUAGAAGCAGUGUACCUAUUGGAGUACUUCUUCCAUUUCAAACAUUUUGA